UUGUUGAAACCUCUCAUCACAAUAUAGUGCUGAAAUAUGAUGCUCACAGUACAUUUUAUUUCAAACCAACAGUUCGUCUUAUACUUUUCUCAUGCGCCGUGUUUCUCGAAUUGAUUGCUGUUGCUAUAGCUUUGACAAUGGUUUACAAAUUAUGUAAGAAAAGAGGACCACAAACUGAGCCAAAAUGUACCUGUAAAGGUGUUAUAACUGCUGUUAUGGUAGUGCUGUUUCUAAUGAGCCUUCAUUUAAUAGCAAUAGCCUUUGCAACCAUUAAUACCUAUGACUGGUUAGUCAGUAGUACCAGGCUGGUUGGAAACAAGUAUCCAGUACUCUUAAUGAACUCUCAAAGGUUUAAUAAGUCAGUUGCAAAUGUUGAGAUCACCUUGUCAUUUCCCAGUGCUGAUUCAGUUUCUGUGUAUAAAGUCCCUUGUAACCGUUUAAAAACUUCCUCCGCAAGACUGGGUCCCAAACUUGUGGUUACAAAUCUACUUACAAAUAAAGUUUCACGUACUGGCUUUAACUUUGACAAUAUUCCUUUAAAUUUAGCACCUGGGUCUACAGUUACUUACAGGAUUGCAAACACAUUGCCUCUUGACUCAAGUUCAUGUAUUUCUCUUGUCUUUAUGAAUUCAGCUGUAGCAUAUGAUGAGUUUCUUUACAUACAAACCAAUUUUACAAACUAUGUAUUUCAUUCAGAUUGUUUGACAAAUGGUAAUACUACUAUUAUAAGCUUCCUAGUCAAAGAUGAGCAGAAUGAUUAUUAUGUUGGCAUUGAAAGCAAUAUUAGCAAUGAAGCCAAUGCUGACAUCAUCACUGUUAGUGCUGAGGUUUCUGUGCUUCAGGUGUACUAUAAUUUGUCAAAUACAGAAGUAUACACCAGCCUGUCAGUAAAUAAGACAUCCUGCAGUGUCAGGGUGUGUGAAACUUUUCUUUGUCUUGACCGACAUCAUGUGUGUGUACUUGUUAAUUCAACAAGUUUUGAGUUUAUUUCUUAUUCCAGUCAUCCUGCUAUCACCACUAUUAGAUCUACACCUCGUGUUUUUGGUUUUCUAGCCAUUGUUUCGUGUGCUUUCUUUUUAAUUUUGUUUAUAUCUGUUUCCUUUGGCUAUUGUAUUAAGGAAAAAGAUGCUGUCAGUUGAAAAAUUUUGUCAAACAGAAAAAGGAGCAUUUUAAUAAGUAUUUUUAUUGGCAUCAUGAUAUUUGAAGGUGUAUUUCUUCCUAUUGUUCUUUCUUACUCAAUCAAAUUCUAUGGGAAAACAUGGAUAAACAACACUAAAGAUUUUGUUUUAGUUAAUUUACAUCAGUCAGGCUCUAUUAAGUGGGUUAAUACACAUGAUAUUGCUUUCUCAGUAGAAACUGACUCAGCAAAUUCUCCUGACAUUAGUUUAUACACUGUUAACUGUAGUGAAGUUGAUCAUAUUACUUUGGUGAAUAAAAGUGAAAUAGAAUGUCAAAAUUUCAGUAGUUUCUGUGUACUCAAUGAGUCUAUCUACUUAGUGAAAGCUGAGAAGAACUAUGUUAAUUACAAUAUAUCAUUAUUCUCAAAUAUUAGUGGCCUUCCGUUUCGUGUUUCAACCUUCGAUGACUAUGAGCAAUAUGAAAAUUUUCUUGCAAAAAGGAUUUAUACUCCAUUAAACUAAAGUUCUUUGUUUACCGGCAAUGAAACCUUCAAUUUUAGUUUUUCAAAUAUUUACAUGACUCAAAAGGCUGCCUACUAUCACUUUGUACUGCACCCUGCAUUUCAAACUGAUGUAUUUACUCACACCAAGUACUAUUAUACUAGUAGUUCAGUGCAAGUGGAAAGCAGUAUCAGCCAUUAUAAAUUAAACAACAAUUACAGACCUCAUUGUAAUAUUACAAAAAACUCUACUUCCAUUUGCCGCAGCUCCAUAACAGACAAUAUCUGUGUCGUGGCAAGAGCAAAUAUGUUGGAAAAACCAGUUCUUCUUGUCGCAAAAACAACAAAUGUAUUUUCGAGCGUAUUUGUAACUUUUGUACCUGGUCUAGCACUAGUUAUUAUUUCUGUUGUUAUUGUCCUUGCAUUCAUAGUUUGGAGGAAUCAUUUAUGCUCUAAGUUAUUGAUGAAAUUCCUACAUUAUGAACCCCUGAUAAAUACAAAAGAUAAUGAAUCAGAAAUAGAAGGUCAAUUCACAAGACAAGAUGAAUCAGAAGAACAACCAGGUAGUGCACUAGCACAAGAAGGUCAAUUAGCAAGAGAUAGUCAGCAAUCAGAUGAAUUAGCAACAGAAGAUGAAUCAACAAAACAGGAUGAUCAA